AUGUCCUUCUGCAGUUUCUUCAGGGGCGAGGUCUUCCAGAACCAUUUUGAGCUGGGUGUCUACUUGUGCGCCAGGUGUGGCUACAAGCUCUUCUCUAGAUGCUCCAAGUAUGCACACUUGUCCCCAUGCCCAGUCUUCACUGAGACCAUCCACGCUGAUAGCGUGGCCAAGCAGCCAGAACACAACAGGCCUAAGGCCUUAAAGGUGUCCUGUGUUAGAUGUGGCAAUGGACUGGGCCAUGAGUUGAUGAAUGACAGCCCCAAGAGAGGGCAGUCUCACUUCUGAACUUUAGCAGCUCACUCAAGUUCAUCCCCAGAAGCCAAGAAACUUCUGCAUCCCAGGAGAAGUAGGCUAGACCCCAGGUGGACCCUGUGGGGGUACAUCUUGCCACCCCACCUUGAAUCAGAACCCAGACCUUCAUACAGGGAGGGGCUACAGAAAUAAGGAAGCCCCCAAGACAUUGGCUAUCAGCAGACUGACCUCAUGAACCACAAACACCAU